AUGGCAACGGUGUCUAAUCCUGAUGCCACCCAAAUAGCAUUCGCAGAAGCCGUCCGCGAGUUCAAAUCGAAGCUGAAAAAUGAUCAAUUAUACGCAGAGAUCCUAAAAACUAAGUCAAUCGACGAGGUCUAUGAUGCAACAGACGCGCUUCAGGCUGAACAGGCAAAACAGGGACGACUUCGGCAUCUCUCGAAAAUCAAGCCAUUUCUUGAAGGACUCCAAAGCUACGCAGAUACCAUCGAUACAUUCGUACAAGUCAAACCAGACGUUCUUGCACUCAUUUGGGGUCCCAUCAAAAUGCUUAUCCAAUGGGCCGCCUCUCUAACACUGUCCAUUGAUGCUCUUGUCAAUACUGCAGCUGAGAUUGGUGAGCUGCUACCCGAAUUCAAGCUCAUGGCUGCCAUGUUCGGCAACAAUGAGCCAGUGAAGCUUGUGCUUGUCCUAUUUUUUCAAGAUAUUCUUGACUUUUAUGCCGUGGCUUUAAAGUUCUUUGGCUUGCCUCAUUGGCGAGUCAUGUUCGAGGCUCUAUGGCCCUCUCAAAAGGAGAAAAUUAAAAUUGUCAUGGAUCAUAUCCAACGGCACACAGAUUUAAUGAGAAACAAAGUGCGCUUGGAGCACCUCAGGGAGGAGUAUGAGCACAGACAGCGAGCUUUCGAUCAUUUUGAAGCAACACAGAAGAGUAAUAUGCGUCAAGAAUAUAACAUUAUCAAGACUGAUGUCUCUCCAAGGUUUUACGAUGCUGAGCUGUAUCGGAUACGAGGUCAGUUAGCUUCAGAUGACGAAGAUCUUCAGGCGAUUUUCUGUGGUUCAAAUAGAGAAAAUCUUAAAAACAGCCUUGAUGUCGCUAUUGGCAUUCUACAAACGCUGCUUAACUCCACCGGCCUCGUGAGCAUAAUUAUUGACGGAGUUGAUGAGAUUGACCCCUCUGAACGACAGAAGCUACUCAAAAAGCUUUGUGAAAUAUCUACGGCCUACAAGAAGACUCUUAUAUUAAUAAGCAGUCGGGGAGAACACGACAUCUCAACAGUCCUGAGCCAAAUAUCAUCAACAAUUCGAGUGGAUACACACAAUGCUACAAGCAUCCAAAUAUUUGUUGACGACUGGGCACAAACGUGGUUUUCAGCUCACGAUUUUCUCCUCGAAGAUAAAUCCGAGAUUGAAGAUCUCCUCGCGCCGCUGUCUUCGAAAGCAAAAGGGAUGUUUCUUUACGCCAAGAUCAUGUUGCGCAGCAUUGACGAGCUUGACAACUUGGAUGAGAUCCGCAACGAACUGAGAGUACUUCCUAAGGACCUAGAUGAAGCAUAUGGGAGACUGUUCGAAAAAAUCGAUCGCAAGUCCGGAAUCGUGAAAAAGAAGUGCAGACUUAUUCUCGGCUGGAUCAGCUGCUCACCAACGCCUUUGACGCUGCUGGAACUAGAGCAAGCUUUGGUGGUGACGAUCAGCGACACAUCUAGAGUAUCCUCGCCACUGAAUUUUGUCCGCCUUUGUGGUCCCAUUGUCGAAGUUGUGGGGGACAACAUUCAGUUUGUACACUUCACGGUUAAAGAGUAUGUUCACAGUCGACAUAACACUGUGAACUACAUUGAUCGGACAGAGGCGACACUAAGCUUAGCGAUUUGUUGCAUACGUUACAUGUGCCAGGAUCACCACUCUCCCGAUAUCAGCAAUGACGACCUCGAGGUCGGCAUAAAGAUGGGUAACUACAGAUUGCACUACUAUGCUACCGACACAUGGCUGAACCUUGUUACCCAAUACCUGCGCCUAAACCAGUCUAUACCUUUAUCAGAGGAGUUAAUCACAACUCUAUACAAGUUUUAUAAGGAACGAGGCAAGCAAGAAUCAUGUAGCCGCAAAGAACUGAAUGAACAACGAUAUCCACCAGAACUACAGAAGCUCGAAUCUUGCUAUCCAAAGCUCUUUUGUUUCCUUCGGAGUAAUGCCCAAUUCCAACAGAAAUGCUCUAUAUCGCUUUACCAUCUCGAACAAGGUAAAAUGUCGUGUUUCUUCGUCCUCUCAUUGUAA